UGUCGGAGAACGGGUGUGCAGAGAAAAAAACCGUAACGGCUGUGAGUGCAGGGAGCGGCGCACACUGACCUGAAUCUCCGCGCUGGCGGAGAACGAGCGGGACGUGGGAAACGACGCCGAUGGGAAACACGGCCAGCAACAGAUGCCAUGGCUGCUGGACUGCACUGUUGGUGUUGAAAUAUGAAGAAUAAGGGAAGUAGGUUGAGAGCUGAAGCCCACCGCGGACCUGUCGUCGCUGUUAGGCUGUCAUCGUGUGUGUUGUGAUUGUGUCCUGCCCGCCCGCCUGCCUGCCGGGGGGAGACGUGUUGCGCGGUGUCUCGGCUUCGUCAGACUGCUGUGUUCGGCGGUUCUAGGGGAUUUCUAGAGGAUUUCAGGGCUUCUUCUCCUCCUCUCUUUCUCGCUGGAGGUGAGCCGAGACGGUCAGGUCGCCGUCGCAUGCUGGAAGAUGGGCUCUUGGGUCUCUUAGCACAGCUUUGCACAGCAGCAGCUGCUCCAGACAGACUUUAUUGACAGCCAGGGAGGAUCUGAUUGAGGACGCAUUUUAUUUGUUAGCUGGCUGAGCUAUCCUAACAAUAUAUAACCUACGAAAUUAACAUAGGUUAGCUUGUUCCUGAUUUGUUCUCUUUUUUUCAUCUUUAGUUUGUUAUUUGUUGUUGUUUUUCUCCCCCCACACAACAACACCAACACCCCCCACCCACCCAAACACACAACAUACACACAUCUGCCCACGGCCACCUUGGAUGGGGGGCAAACAGAGCACGGCGGGGCGGCCCCGGGGAGCCUUUCCCGGCGUGUCGACGGACGACAGCGCGGUGCCGCCUUCGGCCCACUUCGGCCACUACCGAGCCGGAGCCGGCGGAACGAUGGGGCUCCGCAGCCGCUCCGUGAGCUCCGUGGCCGGCAUGGGGAUCGACCACAACGCUGCAGUGCCCUUCGGGUUUUACACCGCGCGGGGCGCGACGACAGACUCGGAGCGGGCUGGCGGCGGAUCCGGGUCGGACUCGGCUCACGGCAACGGCUACCAGGACACAAACGGCGCGGGACAUCACACGGACGGCGUGCUGUACCUGGGCUCCCGCGCCUCCCUGGCGGACGCGUUACCCCUGCACAUCGCGCCCCGGUGGUUCAGCGCACACAGCGGCUUCAAGUGUCCUGUUUGCUCCAAGUCGGUGGCAUCCAAUGAAAUGGAGGUUCACUUUAUCAUGUGUCUGAGUAAGCCCCGCCUCUCCUACAACGACGACGUGCUGGCGAGAGAUGCGGGAGAGUGUGUGAUUUGUCUGGAAGAGCUGCAGCAGGGAGACACCAUCGCCAGACUGCCGUGCCUCUGUAUCUAUCACAAAAGCUGUAUAGACUCGUGGUUUGAGAUCAACCGCUCCUGCCCAGAGCAUCCUUCAGACUGACCUCCAUUCACUCUUACUACUGCUGAGAAAGGGCACUUUAUGGACCUAAACCUGGCUAUCUGGACACUGAAUUAACCAAAUAAAACAAUCAACCUAUUUAUCGAUUUGAUCAAACCUGUGGAGAUCGCAGAGCGGAACCAAAUAAAGAAAAACUACGCUGUCGAGACAACCAACACCACAACCCCACGACCCCGUCAUUUCUCAAAGCCCCUCCCCCUGCCUGCCUCACUAGCUAGCAAAUGGCUAACUACCCUAUUCCCGCUCAAUUUAAUGGCCAGCUCUGGAUUUUUAGCCACUAGCUGCUGUUUGUUCCUUCGGCGCCCCCUGGAGUUCGGCUCAGCCAGACACACGCACCCCCUCCCCCGCUGUUCGCCGCUCAUCUCGUUAUCUUUCUGUCGGAGAGGAAGAUGAGGAUGAAGAGGAGUUUAUGCUAAAAAGGAUGAAGGGCUCGCGGCUGCCGAUCACAGAGACAGGGCCGCGCUCCUCACCGACCAGCCUGAUGGCUAUGGGCUUCAUUAGCCUGAAAAUGCUAAUUAGAUGGGCGUGGCUUUGUGCUUCAUGUUGUCCUUAUUUAGGAAUGCAGGAGGUGGAGGCGGAGCUAAGUGUAGAAACAUACCUGGGGUAGGGGUUUAGUGUGUGUGUGUGUGUUUAUUCAGUGUAAAAGCAGAUAGAGCGCUGAACUGUGUGUGUGUGUGUGUGUAUUUGUGUGUUGAGCGGUAAGUUAAGUUUACUGUUGGGAUGAAUGUAAGAGUUUACACUUUUUCCUAUGUGAAAAAGGUCAAAUGAUUUGGAGUGGGGAAACGUGCAUUGUGUGUGUGUGUGUGUGGGAGAUUGGGAAUUGGAACGAGGAGGUUGUGUGUGUGGGUGUGGGUGUGUGUUUUUCAAAUGUUUACAGUUUACAGUAGAUGUCUUUUACCUCCUCAAGUCAAAAAAAAAGUCUAAAUCACUCAUAGGCUGUUUCUGCUUUUCUGUUGGUCAUUACAAAGUGCUGACCAUAUUAUUCAAAACAGUCUCCCUGUAAAGGCCUUGAGUGUGUUUACUGUGUGUGUGUGUGUAUGUGUGAGUGUGUGUUAGGGUGUGAGUGUGUGUAGCCAGAGCUUUGGCCUACAUCCCCAACAAUCUUGUUUUCAGUUUCGAGAAUGGCCAGUCCGCUCCUGCAAAGUUGCCGAUGCUUCUCGGCUGGAUGUACUCACCCCCGACAGACGGAUGGACGGACAGACAGACAGACUGGUGUGAAACUAGUGCGAGAUAUGAUCUUCCUUUACUGUUUUCUUUCUGAACCUGUGAGAAAGCUCACAACAUACAAACACAAACCUUCUAUUUAAUCUCCUGGAUGCCUCUGCUGUAUAAAGAACAUCCACUGUUAGAAACAAAGUCAUGUUGUGAGAAAAUGUAAAACAGAAAAAAUAACCAGGAGUGGGAAAAUUAAUCUGAUGAAUGAUUCUCUUUUGUUAGAUAGAAAUAGAGCUUUUUUUCCAAGGGUUGUCUCUGAUUCACGUCUGAAAACGAGGGCAAACAAACGCCAUCCAUCAAAAAACCACGGACAGCAGAUUCUGCCCGGAAGAAAACGGCGCAGAGAAGCAGAAAUGCUGAGCUGGACUCCACACCCCUCACUUUCUGCUUUCCUCUGGUUCAUUUGGGUUUUUUUUUUUUUUUUUUUUUGUUUAAUUUCUUAUUUUUCCUUUUCCAAGGAUGUGAAUGGAUGCCUGUUUUUAGGAUGUACAAACUUAAUUGUCUGAUGAAUUUGAUGUGCAGUCUGUGGGCUGAGUAAUAAUGAUAAUGAUAUAUAUAAUUAAAAAAGAUAAAACAUGA